AAGGUGAUGCUAUCUGCUAUGAUGUCCCCCAUCUUUUCAGGGCUACUCUUCACCUGCCUGCUGCUGCCAGGCCUGACACAAGGUCAGGAGAAGGCCCUUGCUCCCCCCUCUGCCAGGAGCUCCUGCCCCCAGGGCUUUGGCUUCCAUGGCCCCCACUGCUAUGGCUUGUUGGGUCCUGCAGAGACCUGGAACACUGCUGAUUUGCUGUGCCAGGGCUACCCCUCAGGCCACCUGGUGUCCCUGCUUAAUGAAGCUGAGGCCUCCUUUGUGGCCACCAUGAUCAUGGAGAAUGAGAUUGGUGAGAACCCAGUCUGGAUCGGUCUGCGUGACCCCAAGAACCACAGGUGGAGAUGGAGCAGCAGUGCCCUUUACCUCUACCAAGCUUGGGCGAAGGGCUCCCCAAGCAGAACCAAUCCUAACUACUGUGUGAGCCUGACUCCUGAGUCUGGAUUCCAGAGCUGGAGAAAUGAAUCUUGCCAGAAUCAGUAUAUCUACCUCUGCAAGUUAAAAGCCUAA